UCUAAUCUCUCACGUCAAACUUCACAAGUCAUAACAUUCACUUUGCCAUCUUCUAUUCUUCGUAGACAUGGAUAUGGUGAAAAGGUUGGUUGCUGACAGGCCAGUGGUGGUCUUUAGCAGGAGCACUUGUUGCAUGAGCCACGCCAUUAAGACACUUAUAUCUAGCUUUGGGGCAAAUCCUACAGUUUAUGAGCUGGAUCAAAUACCAAAUGGGAAGCAAAUUGAAAAGGCAUUAGUGCAGCAGCUAGGAUGUCAGCCAAGUGUACCAGCCGUUUUCAUAGGCCAAGAUUUUGUUGGUGGUGAUAAGCAAGUCAUGAGCUUACAAGUCAGGAAUGAGCUAGCCCCAUUGCUCAGGAAGGCGGGAGCUAUAUGGAUUUGAUCAAAUGGCAGUCAUAAGCCAAAUUUGCACUUGCUUUAAUUCAGUAUGCUGGUGCUCGAAUUUUGAUGGGCUUGGAUAUAGAUUAUCGAACAAGGCUUUAGAUAUAUAUUUUAUAGAGCCUCUUGAAUACCUGAUCGUUUUUCAGCGGUCAGGAUUAACUUCUUUUUUCUUUUUUCUUUUUUUUUUUUAUUUCUGUUAACCAUGUCCUAAUAUUAAUUAUCUCCGGUCUGUACUAAAUGCUAGUGGAUGCUAAAUAAAGGAGACUUGUAGCUUAAUUACAUUAUCCAUUUGCAACA